AUGUUCAUUCUCAUCCUCCUCCUCCUUCUGGUGUUGUCUCCCUUCACCAACAUCCUCUCAAAAUGUAAGAAGAAGAAGAUGCCACCAGGUCCAUGGCGCCUUCCAAUCCUCCGCAACCUCCACCUGCUCAAUCCCAACAAGCCUCAGCAAUCCCCCCUCAACCUCUCCAAAAAGCUCCUUCAACUCGGCUCCAUCCCCACCCUUAUCGUCUCCUCCCGCGAUGUAGCUAAGGAGGUUUUCACCAACCAUGACCUCACUUUCAGUGGACGUCCUCUCCUCACAGCAUCAAAGAAGCUGUUUAAAAAUAACCCAAGCAUCACCUUCUCUCCCCAUGGCGGUCGUUGGCGCCAAGGCGACAAGAUUUUCAUGCUUCAGCUGCUCGGCCCCCAUCGCGUUAGAGCUUUUAAAGCAGUACGAGGAGAAGAAAUAGAGGAGUUGGUUGCCAACAUCAAAGAUGUCUUCGUUGUUGCAAAUUUGAAUUUCUUUCCUCGGAUGGAAUGGGUUGAUGGUUUGAGGGGCUUUCAUGGGAGAUUGGAAAAGAAAUUUGAGGAGAUGGACGCAUUUUUUGACCGAGUCAUUCAGGAGUAUCUUAAAAAUGGAGAGGAAGGAGAAGAGAGCGACAACGUUAUUAAUGAUAGUGGUGGUGAUGAGGAGAAAGAUUUAGUGUGUAUUUUACUAAGGUUGCAUAAAAUUGCAGUCCUUCAUGGAGGUUUUUUAAGUAGUAUUGAUCAAGUCAAGAGUAUCUUAUGGGAAGCGCUCAUAGCCGGAACAGACACUUCGUUGGCCACAAUAAUUUGGACGAUGACAGAGCUUAUAAGAAACCUUAGAGUACUUUAUAAAUUACAGGAAGAGCUCAAGCAAGCCACUAAUGAAGAGAUAUGCAAACUCAUCCAAGAAAGCGAUCUUGAAGAGCUUCCAUAUCUAAAACAAGUCAUAAAGGAAUCAAUGAGGUUGAAGCCUCCUGUCCCUCUCUUGGUUCCACGAGAAACCAUUCAAGCAUGUCGAGUCCAAGGUUACAAAAUUCCUGCCAAAACGCGGGUUAUCAUCAACGCCAUGGCUAUUUCCACCGACCCAAACGUUUGGGAGAAGCCGCUCGAGUUCUGGCCUGAAAGGUUUGAAGGAAAUAAUAUAGCUUUCAUGGGACAAGAUUACGAGUUUUUGCCCUUUGGCUCGGGGAGGAGAAAGUGUCCUGGGAUUAGCUUUGCAAUGGUGAUUGUUGAGCUUGCUUUAGCCAAUCUCCUCCACUGCUUUGACUGGUCGCUGCCAGAUGGAAUGAAGGCUGAAGAUAUUAGCUUGGAGGAGACCAUCGGAAUCACUGUACAUAAGAAAGUGGCCCUUUGCCUUGUUGCUAAACCUAAGUGGUGA